AGGUGCUUUGAAAAUGUCUUAUUUGCCACGUUAAUAGCUGAACUAUUAACUGAGGAGGGAGAAGACCUGCUGCACGAACACCGACUGAAAACCCUGAGAGUUAAUCUCCUCCAGCCUCAGAAAACCUUUAUUUGUCCCUCAGAGGGGACAUUUACAUUUGUUACAGCAAGAAAAAAGAGCCAAAGACAGCUUAAUAUUAACCUAAGUUUUAGAUUUAGUCUCAGGCGAAGGAAGAGGGGGGAGAUUUAGUCUGAAAGGGGGAGGAAAACCGUUCUGAAGAUAUAGCAGCCAGGUGCCUUAAACAUGGCCAAAGUCAUCCACGUCAGUAAAAAUGUGGGCCUGGGGCUUCUGGUGCUGGCGGCCAUUGCUCUGCUUACAAUUAUAGCUUUAUCCGUCUCCUUAGAUAAAGAAAAGGCCAAGAAGCGAGGAGGAAACAGUGAGGAUAAAGCAACAGGCAGCACCAGUGGUCCCAUUACUACACCUUUCCCCCCAAAAGAGCCGUGGGACAAAUACAGACUCCCAGAAUCCCUUUCUCCUGUUUCCUAUAACGUCACCUUGUUUCCUCGGUUGAAACCCGACGCUAACGGACUCUAUAUCUUCACUGGAGAAUCGACUGUGGUGUUCAAAUGUGUGAAGGAAACAGACCUGAUCAUCAUCCACUCCAACAAGCUGAACCUCACCAACUUCGAUGGGUUCCUCGCCAAGUUGAGCGCCGUGGGUGAAGCAUCUUCUCCAUCGAUUCUGAAGUCGUGGCUCGUUGUGAAGACGGAGUAUUUGGUUCUUCAGCUGAGUCGCAGAUUAAGUGUUGGAGCGAUGUAUGUUCUGCACACUGAGUUUCAGGGCGAGCUGGCAGACGAUCUGGAGGGUUUCUACAGGAGCGAAUACACUGAUGACGGAGUGAAGAAAGUUGUUGCUACCUCACAGAUGCAGCCUACGUAUGCCAGGAAAACUUUCCCUUGCUUCGACGAGCCGGCCAUGAAAGCUUCCUUCAACGUCACCAUCGUUCACGAGGGAGAAACCGUGGCUCUGUCCAACGGCAUCAAGACCGACUCUGCAGACUCCACCAUCGACGGCGUUCCCGUUAAAGUGACGACGUUCGAACCCACAGCGAAGAUGUCCACAUACCUGCUGGGCUUCAUCGUCUGUGACUUCGUUAGCAUCGAUUCAAUGCCAGACAGCAACCUGCUG